AUGCAGACUGAAACGCUUCAAACUGGACUGGCUUUUGGUGAAGGACCACGCUGGCACAAUGGAAAGCUGUUUUUUAGUGACUUCUACUUCAACGCAGUCAAGACUUACGAUCCCGUUACGAAAUCAGUGGAAACUGUCUUGACUUUGGCUAGUGACAAGGCACCUUCUGGUCUAGGAUGGUUGCCAGACGGUAGAAUGCUCGUCGUUGUUAUGGAAGACCGCAAAUUGAUCGUUGUAGACCACAAUGGCAAAACGUCAGAUUACGCAGACCUGUCCAACAUAGCAACAUUCCAUACAAACGACAUGGUAGUCUCUGCAAACGGCACAGCCUAUGUAGGAAACUUUGGAUUUGAUCUCGUAGCGGCUGAGCAUAAUAUCGCAGCACAUUACAGAACUGCUACCCUAGCUAUCGUACAUCCAGACAGACGUGUCGAAGCUGGACCUAGUGGUCUAGGAUUCCCAAACGGUACCGUCAUUACCCCCGAUGGCAAGACACUCAUCAUAGCUGAGAGCUUUGCUAAAAAAUUGAGUGCCUUCGAUAUUGAUCCAACUACAAACCGUUUGAGCAACCACCGAGUAUAUGCUGAGACUCCUGAUUGUACUCCUGAUGGUAUUUGUCUUGAUGCUGAAGGUUGCGUCUGGGUCGCAAACGCAACGGGACUAGACUUGUUCAGAUACGGUCCUGGUGGAAAAAUUUUGGGAUCUGUACGAACAACUCAACCGUCUUUUGCAUGCAUGCUCGGAGGUGCUGACCGCAAGACCCUCUUUAUUCUCACCGCUCCUUCCUCAGGUCCAGCCCAAGGUAGAAUCAAAGGCGGCAAGAUUGAAGCUGUCAAAGUCACUGUUCCUGGAGCUGGACUACCUUGA